UGUGUUUAUAUAAGUUGAUCAUCAAAGGUGUUAGUCAUUCGUUAAUUUAUCAAAACGACGUUAUUUUAGAUAAAAUUUUAUAAAAUUUAAAUUUAAAAAUAUUACAUAAACUCUCAAAAUCAUGUUUAUAUCAAUAUAUUUUAAUUUUUAGUAAUACUAUAAAAUAAAUAUUUAAAAUAAUAAUUCAUUUAAAUAAUUAUAGAUUUAUUUGAUAAAACUAAUCGAUCGAAUCCGCUUCAUUCGGGACUUUGCUUCUCAAUUUCAUGAUUCUAAUGUAAUGGAGAUGUAUAUGAAGAUAGUAGGACGAGCAACUAAAGUGUGGUUUUGCAGGAUGUACAAUAACUAGAACAACAAUGUGAACCGUUGUAGCAGGAACAUGAAAGAAUACAAGAAACAUGACCAAUAUGAACAAUCCCUCCAAGGUGUGAACACUACAAGCCCUUUCAACUUCUGUUUCUUAAGCACUUUAUAUCCUUUUCUUAAUGUUUUGUCCGUUCAAUAACAGGAGGAGGCAGAGAAUGUGUCAUCAAGUCCUUAUAAAACAAUGUGCGUUAGGUGGACGAGUCCACAGGACAAAAUAUGUAUAUGUUUUUUCUGUACUUGAAUGUUUCAACUCAGCUCAAAUCUACGGAUUUAUCGAAAUCUCUAGAGAUAAUUACUUCUUCAGCUGAUGUAUUGAAUCAAAAUCAACACAAAGUUCUCAAGACAUAUGAAUUAAAUCGAAUCAAUACAAGGCUUAAGAGAAAACUCUUGAUUAAUAUCUUUCAAAAAAAUGAUUAUCAAAAACACAAUAAGGGUCGGUUAUAAACCUCCUAACCCUUCUAAACAGAAAAAACUUAAUAAAAAAAGGCAUUAUAACUUUAUCUUAGAAAAUGAAAUUCUAAAAAGCCGUUAAUUGAAUAACUGUUGCUUGGCGGUGAAGUAAGCAUCAUGCUGCAUCCUUCGCAUCUUCAGGUUUGAUUUCAUUCUGGUCGAUGAGCAAACCGUUGUUCAGAGAUUCUGAAGGAACCGUGCCUGUCGUUGGAGAUGGCAAAACCUGUGAUUUCAACAAGAAAAGAUUGUGAGGAACUCGGAGAGAAGAACAAUCUUUGAGGAUUAUGAGUCAGAGAGAGAGAGAGAGAAGAACAGAGAGACCAAGAAAAAUGAACAAGUUUUUGAGACAAAGAAAACGUACGAAGGGACCAAAAAGUUUAUCAAAACGUGUAUUGAGCCUCUUCAAAUGCUUCUUCAAUCCCCUUGCCUGCAAAUUUUACAAAUAAAAACAUUCAAAACAUACACUAACCAUAGAAACAGAAUACAAAAACAUUAUAGACUGGUCACUGAUCAUAGGAUAUUGUGAACCGUUUUAGAAAGAACAAUACUGUGAACCAUUGUAGCAAGAACAUGAAGAAGACAAGUAACACGACCAUCAACAACAUCCCUCUAAGGCGUGAACACUACAAGCCCUUUUAAAUUGUAUUUAUCGAGCACUUAAUAUACAUUUCCUAGUAUUUUGUCCGUACAAUACCAGGAGAAGGCAGAUGAUGUUAUAACACAAGUCCUUAUAAAACAAUGUAACGUUUACUCUUUUCUCAUGUGCGCUUCUUUCUUACGAGUCGAACAAAACUUAGACUUUGUCUUCCGAAAAAAAAAAACAUAUGCGUUAGGUGGACGAGUCCACAGGAGAAUAUGUAUAUACAUUCUUUUUUUGAACUUGAAUGUUUCGUUUCCCUUCUCACGUAGGAAACACGAAAACACAAUUAUAAACUAACCAAGACAGAGAUAACCAGAGGUCAAAAGCAGAGAUCCCCACGUCUUCUUUUGUUUUCUUGAAAGAUAAGUCUCAUCUUUAUCAUAUCAUAAGAGGAUGGAGAACAAACCAAGUAUAUUAACCGAUAAAUACGAGGUUGGAAGAUUACUAGGUCAAGGUCACUUUGCCAAGGUAUAUUACGGAAGAAGCAUCCACACCAACGAGAGCGUAGCUAUCAAGAUGAUAGACAAGGAAAAAAUCAAGAAACCUGGACACAGCGAGCAGAUCAAGAGAGAGAUCUCCGUGAUGAGCCUCGCCAAACACCCAAACAUCGUCGAACUACUCGAAGUCAUGGCGACAAAAACAAAGAUCUACCUCAUCCUAGAGUACUGCAAAGGUGGGGAGCUUUUCGAUAAGAUUACAAAGGGGAAAGUUAGCGAGAAAGUUGCUUGGAAGUACUUUCACCAGCUCGUCAAUGCCGUUGACUUUUGUCACAGCCGUGGAGUGUAUCACCGUGACAUUAAGCCGGAGAAUCUCUUGCUUGACGAGCACGAUAACCUCAAGGUUUCUGACUUUGGUUUAAGUGCACUUGAGGAGUCUAAGCGGGAAGAUGGUUUGCUUCAUACAUCUUGUGGUACGCAUGCUUAUGUUUGUCCUGAGAUUGUUAACCGUGAGGCGUAUGAUGGUGCUAAAGCUGAUGUUUGGGCUUGUGGGGUUGUCUUGUUUGUUCUUUUGGCUGGUUAUCUUCCUUUUUACGACGCAAAUCUAAUGGAUAUGUACGUGAAGAUUGGUAAAGGAGAGUUCAAGUGCCCUAGAGGGUUUCCCGUUGAAGCUAAGAGGCUGUUGUGUAAGAUGCUGGAUCCUAACCAUGAGACGAGGAUCACCAUGUCAAGAAUCAAGGAGAGUUCUUGGUUCAGGAAAGGUUUAAAGCACAAGAAGCAACAAGUUAGAGAGGUUAAUCCCAUGGAGGCUGGUGGUUCAGGUCAAAGUGAAAGCCAUGAGCCUCCUCCUCCUCCCAACCUAACAAGCUUGAACGCUUUUGAUAUUAUAUCAUUGUCAUCAGGGUUUGAUUUGGGAGGACUAUUCGGAGACGUGCACAAGAAGCAAGAGUCUAAGUUCACGUCAAGAAAGCCUGCUUUGGAGAUUAUUUGUAAGCUGGAGGAGGUGGCUGAAGGUUUGAAGAUGAAGAUAAGGAAGCAAGAGGCGGGGCUGUUUAAACUUGAAGGAGGGAAGGAGGGGAGGAAAGGGAGGUUGUUGAUUGAUGCGGAGAUAUUUGAAGUGGCCGAGACGUUUCACUUGGUUGAAGUUAAGAAAUGUAGUGGGGAUACUGUGGAGUAUCAGAAGCUGGUGGAGGAGGAUCUUAGGCCUGCUCUGGCUGAUAUUGUUUGGGUUUGGCAAGGGGAGAAGGAGGAGGAUGAGCUGGUGUUGCAUGGCUAAUGGUUUUAUUUGCAUGCAUCCAUUUGUAUAGAUAGUUGAUUGUUGUAACAAAUUAGGAGCUCUUUAACCAUUUGUUUUGUUUCAUGUGAGCAGUGUUUGUGAGUUUUAUUGAGGUUUUGGUUGAUACAAUGGAAGGAUGUUAUGAGUGUGGUGUGAUUAAGAUAAUCUUGGUGAAGUAUAUAAAAGUUUUUACA